CGCACCACAACAGCAACAACAGCAACUGCGGCGGCAACAUGAGCGGCAACAAGAUCUCGCUGUCGCUCGGCGGGGCGCGAAAGCUGCCACAGCUGACACACGGCGUCAAGCGACCUCGUACAGCGCUGCACGAUGAGGACGACGAUGGCGCCACAAUGGACAAGGCUCAGGCAGUUUCGCAUUUCGAUAGUACAGCUGGUGGCGCCGUGAAUGCGAGCAAAGAGGAGGAGAAGAAUGCUCCACUGCUGAUUGCGCCUCAAGCCAACCGCGACUGGCGCGACAAGGCAAGUCAGCGCAAGCGACAAAAAAGCGGACUUCCUGGGAACCAGGACGGUAGUCGUGCAGACCUCGAUGCCCGCAUGAGAGAUGUCGAGGCGAAGGUGGAGGCGAGUAAGCCUAAAUUUGGACUGAACACUUACAACAACAAGAGAGGCAAUGCAGAAGAUGAGGUGAUGUCGGGAACUGGCAACAUCUCUACCAAUGAUGAUAGUAUCAGCCGGAACACCGAGGAGAAGAUGGAAGCAGCAAAGUCAAAAACGGACGACGAACUGGCCAUGGACGCGCUGCUUGGAAAGACUACCACAGACAAGACCUUGAUUAUCGAAGGUAACAACGCACCCAUGACAGAGGGCGAUGCUUUCGAGCACGAUGUUGCCUCUGCACCCGACAUGGCUACUUUGGACGACUAUGCGCGUGUGCCUGUAGAGCAAUUCGGAGCAGCGUUGCUACGAGGCAUGGGCUGGAAAGAUGGCGAAGGCAUUGGAAGUCAAAAAGGCAAGCGAUUGGCCAAAGAUACUGGGAAAUUGCCGGAGAGAAGAGCAGCCUUACUCGGUAUUGGGGCAAAGGAAAACGCGGCCAUGGCGCAGGAACUGGGUGCUUGGGGUAAGGCAUCGCGAGGCAAAGAUGCAAAGAUUUACAACCCCGUUCUGAUCCGGGACAAGAAGACUGGCAAAACAUAUACGGAGGAGGAGCUUGAGAAGAAGAAGCAGGAUGAGGAGCGCCGAAAGUACGAGAUGGAAUUUGAGAAAAGAGAGAGGGACCGCAAGCCUAGAGACGGCGAGCAUCAUGCAUCGCGAGACCGACGGCGGGACCACUCGAGAGAGCGCACACACGGCAAGGAGGACCGACGUGAGCGUGAGAAAUCCCGACGCAAGGAUGACCCUGACAGCGAGGCAGAGUAUCGUCGACGUAAAGAGAGGGAACAACAUCGAAGACGUGAGCGGGAUGAGGACUAUGAUCGAGAUUCGCGAAGACAUAGAGAUCACGACUCCAGCGGCCGGGAGAGACACCAUGAACGAGAUCGACGAGAGCGCGAUCGCGAACGGGAGAGAGAGCGUAGAAGAUAGCCAUCGAAUGGGCAGUGCUAACAGAUGUUUAGAUCACAUCGCAUCGAGCCAUGCCACGCUUCUCACAAUAACCUACAACGUACCGUGCCACCAACAGUCACACGCAGUGGCACCAUCGCCCAGAAUCCCUCCCAUCGAGACCUGAACCAGGUCUAGAACAAACUCAUCAUGCUGCUUGUUGGUCUUGUUUGGAAUCUGCUAUUUCAGCCACACUAAGGCCACGUGAGGUGCCACGCGACAUGGCCGAAUUGCGCCAUUUUCCCGCUCACUCCAUUUAUCAUCCGACCGCUAUAUCGGCAUCAGGACAUACGAGGUCCCGAAUUCGUCCAAAGGGGAGGGCCGUGGCGGCGCCGGAAGUGUCAAGACAUUACGACGGCCGCCACGUCUGGCCGACUAAGGGACUGCGCUAGGUGGUAGGAGGUAACCACCGACGUCUCCGUGUUCUGCGGCUUUCUGCGAAACAUUCGCUACGGAGGUAGACUUCGUUCCAUCACAAGUCUAAUGACCGACUUUGCACUUUGCACUAUGGUGCUGCACGUAUAAUUCCGUGCUGCACUGGCCGCAGGCGUACUACAUACUGUAGGUACAGAGUCGAUCGCUAUAAAUGCCCAUGCGCAUUCUAGCACUGCAGACUCCUGUAGGUCGCAUGACCUCGCUGAGCACACGAUUGUGAAUGCAGCAGGACUGUGGUCAUCGAAGCGAGCGACGUCUACGCGAGCCAGUGGGCUGUUGAAGAUGGUGCUCGAUUUUUUCACGACAUGUUGUUAUGACGUUGACAGACUUGUCCUCGCGGUUCAGGUUGUUGUCAUUGGGUUUGCUCGAGUAAUGUAACAAGUGUGUCAUUACGUCGCGAGGGCUACCUACAGUUCUGGCUCCAACAAGGGUUGCUCGUCCUCGGUACUGCUGCAGGCGAAAGCAGCUUACUCACAGCGCUCUUCUUGGAGUAGGCAGCCUUGCGCAAUUGGCACAAGUCGAUCAUUGAGAGAAGAGUAUAGCACUUGACAAAUCAUGAC